AUGGAAAUGCUCAUUGCGUUCUGUAAAAUGGUUCUGAAGAAAAAGCACUUGAAAGAUGUGCAUCUCCAACAAGUGUCUGUAAGAAGGUUCACAUCGUUCAAUCUCUUUUCAAUAGAAGACCGGAACGUGGAAGAGGGGACUGGGUCCUGGGUUCAGUAUAAAAGCAUCUUUUAUCCUGAGUAUAGUGUGUCCUUAAGAUUUCAUAAUGGAAUUUUAAAUGUUGAAGAUGUUCUUACAAGUUUUGACAACACAGGGAAUGUCUGUCUCUGGCCAUCUGAAGAAGUGCUGGCUUACUACUGCCUAAAGCACAAUGAAAUGUUCAGGGACCUUGCUGUGUGUGAGCUAGGGGGUGGCAUGACAUGCUUGGCUGGGCUCAUGGUUGCUAUUUCUGCAGAUGUCAAAGAAGUUCUGUUAACUGAUGGAAAUGAAAAGGCCAUCAAAAAUGUAAGUGACAUCAUCACAAGAAACCAAAAUGCGGGAGUAUUUAAGGCUCAGAAAGUGGCAAGCUGCAUUUUACGAUGGGAUAAUGAGACAGAUGUCUCUCAACUGGAAGGACAUUUUGACAUUGUUAUGUGUGCUGACUGCCUGUUUCUGGACCGGUACAGAGCUAGCCUUGUUGAUGCAAUAAAGAGAUUACUCCAACCCAGUGGAAAAGCAAUGGUAUUUGCUCCACUCAGAGGGAAUACUUUAAACCAGUUUUGCAAUCUAGCUGAAAAAGCUGGUUUCUCUAUCCAAAGACAUGAAAAUUAUGAUGAACACAUUUCGAACUUCCACUCCAAGCUGAAAAAUGAAGAAAAAGAUACAUAUGAGGAAAACCUGCAUUACCCUUUUCUUCUUGUUUUAACCAAACACAGAUAGAAGAUGACACUGUUUGUUGGUUUGUUUUGAGAUGGACUACUCAAAAUAAAUCCAUGUACGUGGAUGGUCAGGAAGUGGGAGGGUUCUGUUUCUCCACCUUUUGUUCCUAAGUGAUCGUUAUAGAAAUAUUUCUAAUAUUCCUAAGUACUGAAGAAGAUACCGUGUUUUGUUUCAUAUAUUACAGUGUGUAAACGUUGAGGCAUCUAUCUGUAUCAUUUUAGAACUUAUUUUUCCAAUUAUAUUCCUGCCUAAAAUCAGCCAGACUUCAAAUGUAUACAUAAACAAAGGUGUAAAGCGAGCUUCCGUCUCUCUUGUGCCUUUAAACUUGCAUGCACUUUGUUAAUCUCUUCAAAUGCUACUUUUGGGUUCUAUUUGAAAAUACAUGAGUCAUAUACUUUGUGGUGGUAUAUAACUGGCUGUUCACUAUUUUCAUUUAAUGAGGAAGAUAAUAGUUUUCUUAGGAUCUUUAAAAAGUGCACCUAUUGCAUCCUAGGAUUUUUCUGUCUUUCUUGACAUUCCACUGUGGAUUUUUCUAUCCAUUCAAAAUUGAAAUGUCCUAAUUUGCUUCCAUGAUGAAGGUUUUGUAAUAUAUAUGUGUAUAUAUCUUUUUUUUACAGCAGGACUUUUCUUCUGUAGAUGUAUAAGAAAAUAUGCAUCAGACAAAAGCCUCAUAAACUGACCAUUUGUCCUUUGGACACAAUAGCCUGCCCAGCCCCUCUGCUCCUCCUCUCCAAUUAUGUGUGAUUAGUCUCAGUGUGUUGUGUCAAGAAGGGGGAGUGUGCUGAGUGCUUAUUAUCUGUUUAGGUACAAGAAGAGCACAUUUAGGUUCUGACUAUGAAUGGAAAGUGAGCCUUUAUCAGGACUAAAAUCUAAAUGCUACUGUCCUAGAAAUCGCUUUUUUAAAAAAUACGUCCUUUUCUGAUACAUUCUGAGAAACACUAUAGCAGCUGAAGGAUUUUGUAGUUUAAUCGAAUUAUCUCACUUGAACUAGUUUAAAUUGUGAUAUACUGUGUUUAUAAACAUUUAAUAUGACUUUUCUUGCACGGGCAAGGGCAAAGAUCCUACAAAGAAAGAGGACAUUUUCUUUUUUUCUUAACAGUUUAAUAAAAUAAUUUAAUGACCUCUCAGGAAAACAACCUGGAUCAUUAAAGAAUCCUGUACAGUCUCUAACCAGAACACUUUGAAAAUGAUGAAAAAAGAGAGAGGGAUAUAGAGACAGACAGAGGACAUGACUGAGAGAGGGAAGUACUAAAUGCAUGGAAGUGUAGAGGUUCAUGUUGAAAUGCAUUUGUUAAAAUAAUUACAUUUUCGCAAUAAGCUUUCUUCCAUAUUUAACAAAUUGGGCAGCAUGUAAACCGCGAGCUCGUGAAAGUCCCUUUCUUUUUGCUCCUCUCAAGUAAAAUUCUUCACUACCGGUUUGCAUGUCCUUGUAUUCAAUACUUUUUAUGCUCCAUUAGAGCACCUAGAUGGAUCUCAGAAGGCAUAGGUCAAGUCGCAGUUAGAUCAUACAUUUCUUUCUCACAAAAACUUGAAUUGCAAUGCCAAGUGAUGGGCUAACAUCACAAUAACAGCAAUUUAUUCCUCUUUUGAUAAAAAGCAGUCUAUUCUCAGUGUUAGAUAAAGACCAGGGGCAAUGCAAACCAACCAUUUAUUCUAGAAUUGAGUAGCAGAUAUCCCCUAUAGCUGGUAUGAGUUUCGUAUUCAAACUCUUGUUGGAAGAUAUUCAUCUAAUAAGAAAUGAAAAGCAUUUAGGAAUAGUUUAAAGUUGCUGUAAAGGUGGCUUUGGUUUAAUUGCUUGUGUUCUGUUUGGCCCACAGAGCAGUGCCUUUGUUUCCUCUAAAAAUAUGUACAAGCAAAUCUUUAUAAUCAGCAAAGGAAAGUAAAAAAAUAGCAACAUAUGUGAAUCUUUUAUUUUUGAGAGGGCUUGAACAUCUACCGUAUGAUAAACUAAUAAAGAUUAUUAGUUGC